AUGUACUUUGAAUAAGAAUGUCGAAAAUUUUUAAGACCUAGAAGAUUAGAAUAUCAAAUAUUUGAUUUAGGUAUGAAUUGAGUAUAAAUGAAGGGCCUGAAUAACUUCCACUAAAAAAUGGUACUCUGUUCAAAUAUGAAAUAACAAUUAUGAAUCGUUAGGGUCAUGAAUUAAAAUGCUCAUUUUUUUAGAUAAAACCAAUAAUAAGUGAUUGUUGUAUAAUUUAUUGUCAUGGUUUUAAUGGUUGUCGAGUUGAAGGUGUAAAAUAUGCCCAUGCUGCUGCAUUAUAUAAUCUUAAUUUUUGUAUUUUUGAUUUUUAAGGAUGUGGACAGAGUUAAGGUGAUCUCAUUACUUUUGGGUAACAUUCCCCAUUUAAAUAGUUAUUUAGAAUAGAAUGAUAUCACAUGCAUUAUUUUAGAAAUUAAAAAGAAAUUUUAAUAAAAUUAAUUCAUAUUAUGGGGUAGAUCAUUAGGAGCGACUACUAUAUAAUUAAAGAAACAACCUUAUGUAAGUGGUUACGUAUUGGAUUCAUGUUUCACCGAUCUCAAUAAAGCUUGUGUAAGCAUGAUUUAAAAGUCAACUUCCUUACCAAAACUGAUAAUAAAAAGUGUUCUGUAUUUAUUAAAAGGUAUAUUUAAAUAUUAACAAUCUUUAUAGGCAAAAUUGAAUCAUAAGGUAAUUUCAAAUUUGAUGAUAUCAAAAUUCAAAGAGCUGACUCAAGUGUUCCAACCCUUUACAUAUGUAGUGAUUAAGAUACAUUAAUCAAAUCCAAAAAUACAAUUGGAUUAUACUAGUAACAUAAUGGUCUAAGAGAUCUUAUUCAGAUUUCAGGAGAACAUAAUGAUUCAAGAACGCUCUAACUGAUUGAAAAAAUCUGUAGUUGGUGCAAAGAACGAUUUUAAAUUAAUCGGUAAUACUCUUGUCAUGAAUCCUCACCUUUAGAUAUUAGAAAAAAAUAUUAAUAUUUAGCAGGAAGAAAUAGUUUAGUUAGAACACCAUCAGAUAUCAUACCUAAAUAUGAUUUUAACAGAUAAAAUAUUAAUCAUUGCUAAACUUAAUCUACCUCUGUACUUAAAUACAAUAAUCAACAUGUUAUUAUACAACCAAAAAAACUAUACUUUUAAGAAUCUCCUUAAAAAAUUAUCGGUUAAUAAGGCAAAUUCUUAAAAUAAUCAAUAAGUUAGGAAAUAGGAAAUACCAUCUAAUUUACUCGCAAACAGAUAUUUGAUUGA